AAAGAAGUUUUACGGCAUCUCGUCCAAGAUGGAGGCUUACGGUUGAAUCGGGUGAAGAGGUGCCGCCGCGACACCGUCUGGAAGGGUCUUUAGCUAAAAAAAAAAAAAAAUCCAAAAGGACAAAUGGAAGCGCCGUCUCCGGAAGGAUUCACUCGCGUGUGAAUUUAUUUGCAUCUUCACGUUUGGACAGCCUGGGACAGGACAGCACCUACGAGGGAAGGAGGAGGCGGCCCGAUGAUCAACACGUCCACUCUGACCAGAGACUUUCAGAGAAGCGCCCAUGGCAUGAAGGAUGGAGUAGAUGUUAACCUUGCUGACCGUGUCCAAGGACAGCAGAAAAUGUCCAAGUCCCUGAGCUUAGUGUCAUUCCAAGAUGUGGUUGUAGUCUUCACCUGGGAAGAAUGGCAGCUACUGGACUCGGUUCAGAAGAACCUCUACAAAGAUGUCAUGUUGGAGAAUUAUAGCAACCUAGUAUCAUUAGGGUACCAGGCUACGAAAGCAGAUGUGGCCAUCCAUUUGCAACAAGGAAAACCAUGGGUGGGAGAGGAAGAAAUCCAAAGUCCAGUACAUCCAGAAGAUGCCUGGCAAGUUGAACAAUCAGAAUGGUACCAAGACAACCAAGGCAAACUUGAAAUGAUGGAGAGUCACCGCAAAAAUGAUGAAUUUGGGAAAAUGUCUCAUCCAAGCUCAAGCAUCGAUGUUCCUUUACAGUAUACAUCUUAUAUAUUUGGAAAACAUUGGAAAUCAAAUCCAGAAUACAUUAUUCAGAAUAGAAACUAUGUAAUAAAUGAAGCUGAUUUUAAUGAAUAUAACAAGUUAUUUCCUCAUACUAAAUAUGACACAACUCAUAAUGGAUCGAAAUACAGAGUAUAUAAUGAAUGCACAAAAUCUUUCCACCAUAAAUCACAGCUUGUUAAAAACUGGAAAAGUCAAGCAAGACAAAAGCCCUAUUAUUGCAGUGAAUGUGGAAAAACCUUCUCUCAGAAGUCAGACCUCAUUAAGCAUCAUAGAAUCCACACAGGUGAGAGACCCUAUGGCUGCAAUAAAUGUCUGAAAGCCUUCAGGAGAAAGUCCCAUCUCAUUUUACACCUGCGAACCCAUACAGGAGAGAGACCUUACAAAUGCAAUACCUGUGGUAAAGCCUUUAUUGAUAAGUCAUGCCUUAAUAAACACCAGAGAAUUCACACAGUAGAGAAACGGUUUGUGUGUAGUCUAUGUCAGAAAAGCUUCAAGGAUAAAUCACAACUUAAUCUGCAUAAAAGAAAUCAUACAGGAGAGAAACCUCACAGGUGUAAUGAAUGUCAAAGAAGCUUCAACAGUAAAUCACAACUCAUUAACCAUCAAAGAACUCACACAGGAGAGAAACCUUUUGGGUGCAGUGAAUGUGGCAAAACAUUCCCCUUUAAGUUUAGUCUCGUUUUACAUCAGAAAAUUCAUACAGGAGAGAAACCCUAUGUAUGCAGGGAAUGUGGGAAAGCCUUCAUCCAGAAUUCUAAACUCACCAGACACCAGAGAAUUCACACAGGGGAGAAACGUUUUAGUUGCAGUGAAUGUGGAAAAGGCUUUAAUGGAAAGUCAGUUCUUAAUACACAUCAGAGAACUCACACAGGAGAGAAACCCUACGGAUGCGAUGAAUGUGGGAAAACGUUCCGAAUAAAGUUAAGUUUUAUUUUACAUCAAAGAACACAUAUAGGUGAGAGACCCUAUGAAUGCAAUCAGUGCCCGAAAUCUUUCACCCAAAAAUCAAACCUCACUACUCAUCAGAGGUCUCACAAUGGUGAGAAACCUUAUGCAUGUGGUGAAUGUCAGAAAGCCUUCAGCCGGAAGUCAUCUCUCCUUAUGCACCAGAGAAUUCACUCAGGAGAGAAACCUUAUGAAUGCAUUGAAUGUGGAAAAGCGUUUUCCUCCAAGUUUAGCCUUGUGGUUCACCAGAGAACUCACACAGGAGAGAAACCUUAUGAAUGUGGUGUCUGUCAGAAAUCUUUUGCUCAGAAAUCGCAACUUCUCAGACACCAAGGCACUCACACGGGGGAGAAACCUUAUAAAUGCAGUGAGUGUUGGAAAACUUUCUCCCACAAAUGUAGACUCCUUUUACAUCAGAAAAGUCACGGAGGAGAGGAACCACAGAUAUGAAUAUCUGAAAGUUAAUGAGAAUGUAUAGUUCAUUGUAUCACAGUUUAUUAGAGGAGUGGGACACAAGACUGCAUUGAAUGCAAAUAAGCUUUUUUCAAGCAGACACCUUUAUACCCAUCAGAGGACUACUAUACAAGAUUGAAUUCUGGGCAUGAAAAAAUGCCUUUUCCAAUAAAUGUCAAUUGAGUAUAGCCUAAAGACUUCAAGCAGAAAGGAUUAUCUCUGUGUUUAAUCAUUGUGUGGGUGAUGAUAGCAUGAAAUUAAACUACACUAUCAGACAAUUGA